AUGUAAUAGUGAAGUAUACUAAAAUUGACAUCAAUUUGAUGUAAAAAAUGCACAGAUUUGGUGUUUUUUGAUCGGAGAUGCUCUAGUGGAUGUGGAACUCUUGUCCGGUGGACAAUUUCAAGUUUCAGAUCUACAGUAUUCAGGCACUAAUAUGGUGGCCGAUGACCGACAGUUUCAGGGCCUGGUAAAAGUUGAGGUUAGAUUCGCGCGCUUUCGAUUGAAAAUUUUAUGUUUUAGCGACCAACAGUCGCUUAUGGCCUCAAGCUCAGGCGAUGAUUUUGUCAUUCUCGUAUGCACGAAUCUUAAUCCAAUCGAAGUGGAAGCCGAAAAAGAUAGAGAAAUUCUCAUUUCAACCGAUGAUAUCCAAAGCUGGGAUUUAGUUACAAUUCUCCGUUAUCAAACAGUCAGAAUUCGUGCUUAUCGGAAUAGGCUCACUGAACAAUCUUCGUAUUUUCAUGGUCUUCUUGGUGGAAGUUUUAGUGAGUCAAGCUUGGACAAUAUUGUGGUCCAGUGGAACCUUGAAACAUUUUUGAAUAUUCUGCAGUGUAUAUAUGGCUGCCCAUUAAAUGUUGCAUUAAAUAAUUUUCUCCCUCUUUUUGAGGGUGCGCUUUAUUUUGGAGUGGAGAUGCUUCUAGAGAAGUGUAGAGCUUGGUUUUCUGAGGUAUUUUUGUCCAAAAACUCUGGGCCACCACAGAUACAAUGUGAUGAUUUGAUUCAUAUGUGGAACUUUGGUUUAGAGAAUGCCAACGAUUUUGUUCCUGAAUUAUGUGCAAGAUAUCUAGCGAGAAAUUUUAUGUGGGCCAUGUCUAAUAGAGAUUUUGUAAAUAUUCCCUUCAAUCUGUUAUUUGAGUGUGUAAAGCAUCCCUGUUUGACUGUGGACAGUGAGAUGCAUCUUUCUGAUGCACUUUUAGUUUGGCUAGAUGCAAAUACAGAGCAGAUGGAUUGCUCAAUCAGAACUAAAGAAAAUUUGACUGGAAUUCUGAAGGAGAUUCGAAUAAGCAUUCUGCCAUUGUGGUUUGCUGCAGGGAAAAGAAGGUCAUGCUAUUUCUCUAAGCUUGCUGAUGAAAGUGUUGACUCAAUUUUAAGACUAGUGAAAAUUCCUCCGACAGGCUUAAUAAAUGCCUUAGGAGACGUGGACCUGAAUCAUCUUCGUAUUCGGUUGACAGAAUACUCAGAGGAGAAAGGGUACAUAUUCUUUACUCCAGUACUUAAUGAAACUCAUUUGAGAGAGGGAGAGAGAAGGAAGAAAGUGGACUUUUCUAGCUGUCCUCAAGUAACGUCAGCCAUUCUUCUCCUGUCUGUGCUUCAUUCUUCUCAUAGUAUGGACUCAACAUUGAGGAAGAUUAUAAAGAAGUAUUUGAUAAACCUUGAACAUCCUGACAAAGAUCAUUGGCGGAUAUCCGAGUGCUUGCCGCCAACUUUAUCUUUUGAAGCAUUACAGGAGGUUAAUAUUUCCAAAUGUCAUAGGCUGCAUCUUGAAUAUGCCAUUGAGUGCUUCUCCAGAUCAUUUCCAUCACUGAAAACAAUAAAAGCAGCUUAUCUUUUGAGCAUCAAGACAACCAGUUUCAUUAAAUUGGUGCAUAAGUGCCCUCUGGUCUCUGAAGUUGACUUGUCUGUUGAUAUUUCUCCAAUCAUACCAACACAAGUAUCAGUCCUUUCCUCAAAUCUGGCUCUACCACUAGUUUCAAAUAAGUGUUGGGAUGUGACAUCGUGCUAUCAUUCAGGAACAUCACUGUCAAACAUCACAUAUCUCACCAUUGAGGGUCGAACCGACAUAUGCGAUUCGGAUCUGGAGUUUAUCUCAAAAUACUGUGUUUCUUUAGGUUACCUGAACAUUAAAGGGUGUAUUGCAGUAACAGAUGUUGGCAUAUCAAAUGUCAUAUGCAGGUGUAUUGAACUUCAUUCUAUUGUAGUUUGUGAUACUUCUUUUGGUAUGAAUUCAAUUCUGGCUCUUUGCUCUGCUGCUCCUAAAUUUGGUAAUUCUACUGGUCAUUUUGGAAAGAGGGCAUCUAAUCUUCAAAAACUGCAUAUGGGUUGCUGCAAGGGUGUUGACGAAACAUCUCUCAUAGAGCUCAUGAGUCAAACAGCAAUGUUGAAGAGUCUUUGCUUGAGUGACACUCACCUUGUAGAUGAAGCACUUUAUAAUUUCUCAGGGUCUUCCUUGGAGUUGCUUGAUGUUUCUAAUACUAUGAUAUCUGGAGCUGCUUUAGCUCAUAUUAUUCGUGGGAAUUCUGGUUUGAAGCAUUUACAUGCAAGAGGAUGUAAAUAUUUGUUUCAACAGGGAAGUUACAUUGGAGGGACAGAAUUUUCUUUCUCACAUCCAUGUAAGGAUCUGUUUUUUGAAUUAGGCAGGACAUGCAAAUUAGAAGGCAUUGCUUUGGGAUGGGGUUUCUCUAAUUUCUCGCUGGAAGCUCUGAAACCUGCAAUUAUUUCACUUAAGUCAAUAGCUGUGGGUUUGGGUGGAACAUUGGGUGAAGAUGCACUGAGACUGCUGCCUACAACUUGUCCUAUGCUAGAGUUCGUUAUUCUUCAUUUUCAGGUGAUAUCUGAUUCUAUCAUGGAUAGAAUCAUGACAUCCUUGAAGCAGUUGCGAGCUUUAUCUUUGUGCUACUGUCUUGGUGAUAUGUCCAUAUCAAGCUUCAAGUUUUCUCUACCAAACCUGAGAAAAUUGAGGCUUGAUCGGGUAACUCCUUGGAUGACCAAUGAUGAUUUGGUUAUUUUGAUACAACACUUUGCAAACUUGGUUGAGCUUUCAUUGCUAGGAUGUACUCUUCUUAAUGCAGAUUCUCAACUGAUUAUCUCACAAGGAUGGCCGGGAUUGAUUUCUAUCCAUCUGGAGGAAUGUGGAGAUAUAACGGUAGAUGGGGUUUCUUCUCUUUUAAAUUGCAUAGCUCUUGAAGAUCUCUUACUGCGUCAUAAUGGCCCAGGUAUACCGAGAAACUUCAUUCUUGAUGCUUCGGAAAAGAUGCCAAUGCUGCGGAAAAUUUCAUUAGAUAUGUGUGAUGCGAGAGAUGGUGAUUUUGACAUUCCAGAUUAUGUUAACAGGUACUUCUUAAGCAGUGUGACGUUAGCAAGAUGUUUGUCAGAGGCUCGUAGACAGCCAGUGCACAAGAAGUCAUUGGUUCUAGUUUGGAACAGCAAUAAUGUCAUAAGAACAGUGGUGAAAGAAAGACUGUAGCAUUUAUUGAUGCUUGACAACUUCCAUCGGAAAAUUCUACAAGGUCCUAUCAGGCAAUAGGCUAAGUUGGCGGCUGAAUUGAAUUUCAGGAUUACUUGGAUGCGGCAUGUAGGGUCAAUUUUUCCCCACUUUGAUGCUAGGAAAUAUAGAAGCUAUCAAGAAAGGUUAAGCUCUUUAUUUGAAUCUGUUAAAGGUGUUUUGAAACAUUGAAAACUUCACUCUUACUCUUAGUACAAGUUAAUUCAAGAUGUAUAUUUAUAGAGAAUUACAUUGGUAGGAUGUUUGAGAGUGUUUUUGUUAGAAGGAACAUAUAAUUAUCAUUGAUUGAAGUAAUUACAAAAAAGUGAAUAA